AUGGCUUCAGAAGAGCCAUCGGUGCGCUCGCCCAGCGCGAGCCCCGCGCCAGAGUCGCUACAGGCGCGUAUCGCCGCCCGUUUGGCCGCCAUUGACACCGAAUCCGAAGACGACGAGCCCAAGACGACCAGCAGCAAGGGCAAGAAGUCACCCAGACCCACGCAAGACAGUGACUCGGAAGAAGAAAUCGUCAGGCGACCCAGAGGCCGUCUUGCUGCCCAGAUGCAGGCUGGUGGCCAAAGAUCGGACUCUGAAGAGCCCGAGAGCUUUCUCGACCGUAUCCAAAAACGACUCGAAGCCACAGAAGAGGCAGACGACAAUGACGCGGAGGAUACAGUCAUGGGAGAGGCUGAAGACGAAGACGAUAUCCCCGUAGCGCGUCGACGGCUGCAGAAGAAGCCCGCGAGAGAGACCACACCGAAACCUCAAAGCCCGGCACGAUCCCCCACACCAGGUCUCUUCGUGUCUCCUGAGAAGCAAUCGCCAACGAAGCUAAGCAACGAGACGACGGCCAACGACUCCGAUUCUGACGCGUCUCUCCCCGCUCUCAAGAACUCCAGAUUCCAGGCCUUGGUCGAGCGCAAGAGGCAGGAAAGAUUAGCACGUGAGGCCGAGGAAGAGAAGAAGAAGGCUGAGCGCAUGGAACGCCAGGUUGCUGUGAACGCCGACCUCUUCGAUGACGAGGACGACGCCAAUGUCUCCGACAUCACUGACGACGAAGGAGGCCGCAAGCUUAGCCAGGCAGCGAGGCCGGCCAGGAAGGCUGGCAAGAAGGCCAUUGAGGAGAUGAACCGCGAAACACAGCGCAUGGCUCGUAACAUGCAGCUCGCCCACGAGGCAAAGACGAGGAAGAAGUUCACUAAAGCGGACUUCUUGGACCGGUUCAACUUUAGAAAGACCGAGGCGAAAUUGGACCCCAAAACGACCAGCUCAAGCAGGCCUACUACACCAGUAUCAGCACCCCAGACCGAUGCCGAGAUGAAGGAUUCCGAGACCCCGCCUAGCUCUCCCCCAGUUCCCAAGGCUUCGACGCCAAGCAAAGAACAAGAGGCUACCACGACAGCGGCCCACGCCGCGGAUACCGUUGAUGACAACGAGGAACUGCCUUCGCUCGACGGCGUUUUUGAGAACUCUAAGAAGCUCGACAAGGGUAAGGGUAAGGCCGUUGCCGUACCCAGUCCCAAGAAGUCACCUGCGAAGGAGACGAAGCCCAAGCGUCAAGUCCGCAUCAAAAUGCCCUCUAUUUCAGCAUACCACACAGUCAUCGAUCUGGACGAUGACCUUGAGAUCACGGAUAUCAGAAAGGCCAAGCUUGCCGCGGUUUUCAACAGCAUUCCCCAAAAGAAGUCCAGGGAGAGUAACUCCUUGCACGCCCUCCGCCGUCUGGCGCAAGUGGGAUCUCCCGAGAGGUCAAGAAAGGGACGGCAUGAGAAGCCCGGCAUGACUGUCGGCGAACUGCAGCUCACCCUCCAGCAGCGCGCCCGACAGCAAGCUAAGCUGGAGCGCGAGAAACGCCUCGAGUACCUGAAGUCCAAGGGCGUUGUCGUCCAGACCGCAGAAGAGCGCGAGCGCGAGAUGCAGGAUGUCGAGGACAUUGUUGCCAGAGCCAGGAGAGAGGCCGAGGAGAUUAUGGCCCGUGAAAGGGACGCAGCCAAGCAGGAGAAGAAGGAAAAGCGAAAGAACGGCGAGCUGGAUCCCUUUGACGACAGCGAUGAUGAAGAGUACGAAGGCUCCGACGAAGAAGUAGGAGAUGAUGUUGAGUUGGAACUUUCUGGCUCAGAAGAAGAGGCAGAGGAUGCUUCUGACAACGAGGCCGAGGGCAAUGCUCUCGUUGACGAUGAGGCCGGCAACAGCGGAUCUGAGCACUCGGAUGUUGAAGCCGACGACAUCACUGGAAAGGUCGACCUCGCCGAUUCUGAAGAUGAGAUGGGCCUGCCCACAAAGAACGUUCGCCGCUCCAAGAAGACCCAAGUCAUUUCUGACGACGAAGACGAGAACGACGUGAUUGAGGCUACGCCGAGACCACGAACUGCAACCCAGCAAUCACCCGCGGCGCCAAACACCAAGUCACCUGCCGUGCCUACUUCCGUCCUCCGAUCUGCGAAGAAAACCUUCAUUCCUGGACUUCCUGUCACUGGCGCGGCGGGACUUGGCUUGACCCAGAUUUUCGCUGGCACCAUGGACGACAGCCAAGCCGCCCCUGGAACCAUCCCCUCUCAGUCGCCAAUGCCCGAUUUCGACAGCCUUCCGGACUCGCUCACCAUCGGCAACAACACUCAGCAGGACAGCAUGAUUCUUGAUAGCCAGGGUGGCGAUGGCGGCACGCAGAGGUUUGAGACGCAACAGGACUCCGCAGAUGGUGUUCAUCUUCACUUCACGCAGUCCCAAGCCCAUGGCUUUGACAGUCUCAUGCGUGACGACGAGCCCGCAACUCAGAUCUCCAUGGAUGCCACACAAGACGAGGGAUUGCAAGACUACACGCCCCUGAGAUCACGAUUCGUCGAAGCGCCUGCUUCGACUGUCGAGACCAUGGUGCUUGAUGGAGAGGCGGAACACGACACAGUGCUUGAGUCCCCUCUGGUGCGCAGGGGCAGACUUCGCCGCAAGAUUGAUGUGACUGCCGCGCUUGCCGAAGAGGAGGAGGAGGAGACUCAAAGAGCCCCUAGCCCUGAGGUUGAUGAGUUCGGCUUCAACACCACUACCGCCUUCAACGUCAUGAAGGAGGCCAUCAAGAAGCAAGAGAAGCAGAAGAAAUUGGCCGAGUACAACCGCAAGAAGAGCAAGGCCAAGGAGAUGGUGGAGGAACAGGCCGAGGAAUCCGAAGACGAGUACGCCGGUCUUGGCGGUCUAGACGGCGAAGACAGCGACGAUGAUGACGCUGCCUCCGUCAAGGAGAUGAUUGACGACCAGAGCGGCAUGAACGCCGGCGACGAGCGUAAGAUCGCUGCUCUUCACGCCGAACGCGAACGCGCGGCCGACGAGAAGAUGGUCGACAAGCUCUUCCACGACGUCACAACCGGCAUGCUUCGCCGCAAGCGUGGAGCCGACUAUGACCUCUCCGACUCAGACGACGGCGGCGAAGCUCGUCGCCGCAUGAAGCGUCGCCAGUUCCAAAAGAUGCAACAAGCUCUUUUCGCAGACGAACGCAUCAAGAAAAUCGCCGAGAAGCCCGGCAACCAGGCCUUCCUUCGCACCAUCGAGGACCGAGGCAGCGACGACGAAAUGGACUUCCUCCAUAUCGCUGCGCCGGAGUCCAUGCAGACCGAGCAGUCUCAGUCGCAGGACCAGACAGUCCCGGACAGCCAGCCCACAGACCAACGGCAACCUCUGGGGUCCAACCUCGCGAACCGCCCAGCAGCGAACCUGCGCAGGACGAAAGACGGCAAGAAGCCAUCCAACCUGGGCGAGAUCCGUGAGUCCGUGUCGAGUCUAUUGGAGGACUUCAACGUCGACGUCAUCCCCGCUACCGACCCGGCCUCGGACAGCGAAGCAGACGAAGAGGGAACCUCGAGGAGCAACAAGGAGGACGACUCCCCGGGCAGGAACCCACGCCGCACAAACUCCUCCUCCCGCCCAGCCGUCGUCGAUCGUAUCUCCCUCAAGAGGCAAUCGUCCUCCAUGUCCACCUCGUCCUCCAAGCUCGCCUUCGCCAUGCCCGGCGGCGGCGCCAGCGCGUCCUCGAGCGGGAGCUUCAAGGUCCCCGCCCUUCUCCGCCGCGCCACGACCAACUCGUCGUCGUUCAACAAGUCCGGCUCGGGCGGCGCCGGCGGCAGCAACGCCUCCGCCGGAACGCCAUUCUCCGCUUCGGGCGGCGGGUCAAGCGGGUUCGGGGACGACGGCAAGAUCAAGAAGAACGCCAGCAAGAGGUCCGGCGUCAGCGCCCUCGCGAGGGAGAACGAGCGCCGGGCGGCGAUCCAGGAGAACGAGAAGAGGAGAGAGGCGAGGAAGUGGAAGGGCGCCGAGAGGAGAAUCAGCGCUGUUGGUGGGUUGUUUGGCGCUGGAAAGUUCGAGUAA